AUGAAGUUGUCCGCUUUCGUUUUUUCGACCGUGUUUGCUGGCGAAGAUGCUCCAGGAAUCAACGUUCCUUUUGAAGUAGAGAUUUUGGGUGGCAAAAAUUGCCCAAUUACUCAAGGUACUGCUCUCGUCGCGAAAUUCGUCACGGAAGUCUUCGUCCACAACACUGUCAUCACCAUUCCUGUCGACGGAGAAGCCAAAGACUACAAAGACUACGAAGUCAGCCUCGACCAUCCCGACCUCAAAAAGCCUGUCCGCUGCGGAUCGAAAUACUCCGCGAAAUACAUCAAGAAGCAGGAUGACAACACGAUUGAGUUUUACUGCAAAGGUGUUGGGAAAACCAAAAAGUUGGGAAGACUAGCCGAUGAAGCUAAAGUUUACAUCAAGAAGAACAAAGUGGGAAAAUGCGUCGAUUUCAGUGGCGUUGAAUUCCACACCGUCCAAGAAGACCUUCAAGUCUGGUCGGAUUGGUCUGACUGGGGCGAGUGCUACGAUGACUCUUACAACCGAACCCGAACCUGUGAAGGGCCAUUUUGCGAAGUCGAAGUCGAGUACGAAACGAGAGAAGAGCCCUGCUUGAUUUGCGAAGCUGGUUACGAAGCAAAUGAAGACGAUACCGAGUGCGUUGAUGUCGAUGAAUGCGAAAGGGGAGAUGCCUGCCCGAUGAACUCAAUUUGCACGAAUGAGGAAGGAAGUCACUCUUGCCAGUGUGAGGAUGGCCUGUUUGGAGAUGAUUACAACUUCUGCAUUGAACGAAGAGCCUGUCAUCCUGAAGGUGCUGGAGAUUGCAACUGCGAGCUUCUUGAUGUGGCAAAUGCUACUUUCAUCACAAACACUUGGAACUCCACCGACUCAAACUGCUUCUACGAGUUUUCCGUCCAACUUCCCGACAUCCCCGUCAAUUCUUGGAAAGUAAACAUCGACUGGUCUUCCCCAGUUUCGAUUCAUGGUCUUUGGCGAGCAAGAACUGACGCAGCAGAGGCUUCAAGCCACGAGCUCCAAGCUGCGUAUUUCAAUGUCGACGAUUUGAUGGAUUUCACGAUUCAAGUUCAAUCAGAAGAAAGCUGCUCAGCGGUAAAUCCGAUUGAAAAUCUUUCGCUAUGCACGGAAGCGGCAGAAGAAUCAGAUCGAUCUGACUACACGACCUUCAAAAUGACGACACAGACAAUUGUUGGAGAGCCCUUAACAUUUGCCACGACAACCAAAACGCCACUCAAUCUUUCGGAAGAGUCAUGUGACCUCGUUUCCUUUAAUCCUACAAAUGUUUGGUCCGAAGGAGAAAUAAUGGCCGGACAAUAUAAGAUCAGCUUCGAGUUGGAAACUAGCGCUUACGAAUGGAGAAUCGUCUUGCCUAUUCCCGACGACUCUGAUGUUUCGCCGUGGACUUCUGUUUACGCUGACGGCUCCCUCACUUCUCAUGAUUGGAACGCAAUUCUUCAACCGGGAGGAAAUGAUUUCGGAAUGAUCAUCAAAUCGAGCGGCUUUGAAGAAAAAUAUGCAAAAUUUUGUUACAAAACUCUUCUUGACUGA